GUUCUCAUCAGUUUCUCUCUAGCUCACUAUUUUCAUUUCUACACAAAAAUGAGGAGCGGUGAUUCAACCACAAUUGAUGUUCCAGAGUCAAGCGAUGUUGCUAAAGGCAAAGCACCUCUUGUGGCAAUUGUCAAGCAAGAGCAAGGGAAGGGUGGAUGGAAAAGAGGAGUUGCCAUCUUCGACUUCCUUCUUAGGCUAGGAGCUAUCAUCACCACUCUAACCGCGGCUUCCACCAUGGGUACUAGUGAUGAGACCCUUCCCUUCUUCACUCAGUUCUUCCAGUUCCAAGCUAGUUACGAUGAUUUGCCCACUUUCCAGUUUUUCGUCAUUGCAAUGGCAAUAGUGGGUGGCUACCUUGUACUUUCUCUUCCCUUCUCCAUAGUAUCCAUCGUUCGUCCCCAAGCAGUCGGACCAAGAGUGCUCCUACUCGUUUUGGACACGGUGGCGCUUACUCUAAACACCUCAGCUGCUGCCGCGGCUGCAGCCAUAGUCUACUUGGCUCACAAUGGCAAUUCCAACACAAAUUGGCUAGCCAUCUGCCAGCAAUACGGUGAUUUCUGCCAGAAAGUCAGUGGUGCCGUGGUGGCCGCAUUUGUCUCGGUUGUUGUCUUCGUGUUCCUUAUUUUGCUGUCUGCUUUGGCCAUCCGAAAGCCUUGA